AUGCAAUCUCGUUUAGUUAGUAAAGUUCGUUCCGGUUUGGAAAGUGUUGGUCUAAAAAAACAUCGAAGUGAUAGUCAUUCCAAAAGUGGCGAAUCAGAUAAACCUAAACGUAGUAAAAUUUUAGCAUUAAUAUUAGCUGGUGGUGAAGGUGGUCGUCUUGAUGUUCUUACUGAACAACGAGCUAAACCAGUUGUUCCAUUUGGUGGAACUCUUCGUUUAAUUGAUUUUUCCAUGAGUAAUUGCCGUCAUUCACAUCUACCUGAUGUCUGGAUUAUUGAACAAUAUGAACUUCAUGAAUUAAAUGAACAUCUAGCUAAUGGACGUCCAUGGGACAUGGAUAGAACAUAUGGUGGUCUUCAAAUAUUACCACCAUUUGAUGUUCAUGAUAAAGAUAAAAAAGAUGGUGGUAAAGAUGAUAAAAAUGGUGAUAAAGAUAAAGAUAAAGACAAAGACAAAGACAAAGACAAGGAUCAAGGCAGUGGAAGUAAAGAUAAAGAUGAUGGCAAAGACAAGGACAAAGACAAAAAAAACAAAGAUGGAAAUGGUAAAAAAACUGAUGAACAUGGUGGAUUUGCUGAAGGCAAUGCAGAUGCUAUUUAUCGACAUCGUCGUUUACUUAAUAAAUUCGCACCUGAUCUUUUAGUAGUUUUAAGUGCCGAUCAUGUUUAUAAACUUGAUUUUCGUGAUGUUAUCGAUUUUCAUAAAGAACAUCAAGCUGAUGUAACAAUGGUUACAACAAAACUACCAGAAGGAGAUACAGCUACACGUUUUGGUGUUGUUCAAGUCAACGAUGAAGGUCGUGUUACAGAUUUCGAAUACAAACCAAAACAACCAAAAUCUGAUCUUGUUACAGCUGAAGUAUUUGUUUAUGAUUAUCCAAAAUUAAUGGAUACACUUGAUAGUUUAUCUGAUGAUGGAGAAUUAAAAGAUUAUGGUGAAGGUUUAUUACCACAAUUAGUUAAAGAAGGAAAUGCAUGGGAAUUUCGUUUGAAUAGUUAUUGGAGAGAUGUUGGUAUUCCAGAAAGUUAUUGGCAAGCAAGUAUGGAUUUAGUAUUACAAAAAGGUGAUUUAAAUUUAGAUGAUCCAGAAUGGCCUAUCCUAACACGUAGUGCACAACGUUUACCAGCACAUAUGCUUAGUUCAGCUCGUUUUGAAAAUAGUCUGAUAUCACCUGGUUGUACAAUCAAUGGUACUGUUAUUCGAUCAAUUCUUGGACCAGGUUGCAUUGUUGAUGCAGGAGCAAUUAUACGUGAUUCAAUUCUUUUCGAUGAAGUUCAUGUAGAAGAAGGAGCAACUAUUGAACGAUCGAUAAUUGAUGAAAAAGUUGUUAUUGGUAAACAAGCACUCAUUGGAGGUGGAGCAAAGAGAGAUAUUACAAUGAUUGGAAAAAAAAUUAAGAUUGCUCCAGGUACACAUGUACCAGCUGGAGAAAAAAUUAGUCCUAAAAGAAUAAAAGAUUAA